GAGCCCAGCCCCUGACCGGCGGCUACUUAAAGCCGAGGGGCGGGCGAGCGGCAGCUGCGCCGACGGCUCUCGGCGGAGUGGACGGGGCGAGUGCGGACCAUGACUCCGCCGCUGCUGCUGCUGCUGCUCUCGCUGCUGCUCGCCGCCCGCCCGGGGGGCACCUCUGCACGGUGCACCGGCUGCGGCCAGGGAGCGGCGGCCGAGUGCCCAGGGGGCUGCCUGCAGGAGCGGAAUGGGGGGCCUCCGGAGGAGGGCUGUGCGGAAGCUGGGGGCUGUCUCAGGAAGGAGGGGCAGCCCUGCGGGGUCUACUUGGCUCAGUGCGCCCCAGGACUUCAGUGCCGGCCCCCCGAGGACGAGCUGCCCCUGCAGGCGCUGCUGCAGGGCCGGGGUCGCUGUCGCCGUGCGCGCGCGCCCUCGGGUGAGUCGGCGCCCAGCUCCCGGGCCCGGGCUGCAGGAGACACUCCUAAGGAGAGCAGACCCCGACCAGGGGCCACUCGCCCACAGGACGGGAACCGCAGAGACCCACAGAGGAACCCAGGGGUCUCUGCCACUCUCACCCGGCCCAGUUCUGGGGGAGUUCCAGAUGCAGAGAUGGGUCCAUGCCGCAAACACCUGGAUUCAGUGCUGCAGCAGCUCCAGACCCAGGUCUACCGAGGGUCUCACACCCUCUAUGUGCCCAACUGUGACCAUCAGGGCUUCUACCGGAAGCGACAGUGUCGCUCCUCCCAGGGGCAGCGUCGAGGCCCCUGCUGGUGCGUGGAUCGGAUGGGGGCUCCUGACAGCGAUGGGUGCGGUGGACCUGCCGGGAGCAGUGGCUGAGGCUGGGUGGGAAGAUGUGGGGCUGUGGUCUCGGGGCUUCACACCCCACCAUCACGCCCUGCCCUGGUGUCUCCUCUCCCCUGCACCUCGCACAUGGAAGGGCUGGGGCCUUGGCUUGGGGUGGCAAUAAAGCUGUGUUGCGGGUUUCUGGCCUA